UAAAUAAGAUAAAAGAACUUUCGUGUUUAGAAUUCAUGAAAUUGUCACAGCUGCAGAAGUGGAAAAUGGAAUUUACCACAUUCCUUAUUUUUCAUUAAACUGAAAAUAUAUCAUAUACAUUUAGGGGAGGGCCUUUGUCUAAAAAUACAAAAAAAGGGCUUUACCUCUAAAGCAACAACAACAAUAUAGUGUAAGUGAGUUAUUUGUUUUCUUCCGAAAAAGACUACAGGUCUUAAAACACAUGCUUUGCUUUUUUUAAUGACAAGAGAUUGUGAAAUUGUGUGCGAAGGGAGGGGGAGUUUAAAACAGGCAUAAAAGCAGAACAGCUUCAUAUCUUCCUGCUAGCUGUGUGAGUGGAACAUCAAACACCGAAACACUUUAAACAACCAUGGACCAAUACGACCCUGAAGACAUUUUUCAAAAUAACUUCACUGAUGAUAAUUACCCAUUCCCUGUGUUUCCUGAGAGUUUUACCCCUGAGAUUACACCGAUCCAGAUAGUGUCUAUGGUCUUGUACGGCCUUGUGUUCCUGCUGGGUGUCCCUGGAAAUGCUGUGGUGGUGUGGGUGACGGGAUUCUGCAUGCAGCGCUCUGUCACUUCCCUCUGGUUCCUCAAUCUCGCACUGGCUGAUUUCCUUUGCUGCCUCUCCAUCCCUCUGCUCAUAGUCCCUCUAGCCCAUGAUGACCACUGGCACUUUGGCCCAUUGGCCUGCACACUGAUCAAAGGCCUGUUCUACCUGGUGAUGUACUGCAGUGUCCUGCAGCUUGUUUUGAUCAGUGUGGAUCGCUGGAUGCUGGUCAGCAGACCCGUCUGGUGCCAGAACAACAGGCGGCCUAAACAGGCUGCCUGCAUGUGUGUUGCAGUCUGGUGCCUGGCCUUGAUAGGCAGCAUCCCUCAGUUUAUCUACACCAAGGAAGUAGAAGCAGGUGAAGAGAAGCGAGAGUGUGGGACAGUGUACCAUGGUAUCAGUAAAUGGCUCAUCCUCUCCUACCGCUUCAUGGUGGGAUUCCUCCUCCCUUUUCUGGUGAUUGUAGUCUGUCACUGGGUGGUGUACAGGAAAGCAGAGAGUGGAAUCACACGUGGUAGGACCCGUUCCAAGCGAACACUGAAGAUCAUCAUCGCUGUGGUGGUGAGCUUCUUCCUGUGCUGGCUUCCAUUACACAUUUUGGACUUCCUUGACUUGAUUACCCCUCGAACCUCUCCCCACAGCCCCAACAUUUACAAUGCACAAGGUUUUGCUCUCUGCCUGGCAUAUUUCAACAGUUGCCUUAACCCGCUGCUCUAUGUGUGUCUGGGCCGAGGCUUCAAGGACAGCAUGAACCGCUCCCUGCGCAACAUGCUUCACUUCAUCAACGAAGAUACUGCGGCCAGAGUGAGUGUCACUAAUAAUGACACCAAGAGCACGAGCAAUGAGACAACAAAAAUCUGAAGGUGUAUUGACUUUGAUAUACUGUAUAGUGCUAUUCUUAUAUGCCUAUAUUUCUUAUGCCUGAUGUUUACCUCAUAUUUAGUUCAAGUAGAACUCAAUCGCAGCACUGAACUGGAGCAUCAUAACCACUGGGGUUCACCAUAAAAUAUCGGUAUUUAUAAUCAGCCAUUUGACAAGUGCUAGUCAAAUAAAUUAGCCUGAAGAACUAGAACUUCAAUAUGUGAAAGUGUGAACACACCAGCUCUUCCGCUGUCAUCUUUUCCUGUCUUUAUGACCUUUUUUGGAAGGAUUUUUGCUGAGGCAGUUGAGUUUCUAUAAAUAUAUUAUCAGGACUGACUGACUGCAAACCAGGAACUAUUGGCCAUUCUGCAGUAUUUCCUGUCAUUGCUUGACAACACUUGGCACUUCUGUUUUUUGAUCCUACAUGAGGAAUUUAUUUUUGUUUUGUACAGGAAAAUACUCUCUUCUUUGUAAUUUUCUCUUGUGAUGUUGCAAUUCAAGUUCGUUGACAGAUAUUACACACGGAGAUUAAAUUACUGCCAUUUUAAAUUAUAAGUAAAUAUAAUUCUGACUUGUAACACAGAUGUUUAAUUACCUCAUUGAUUAAUUAAUUUAUCAUUGCGAUAAUAGAAAGACAUCCUCUUGUGUCACAGUACUAUGCACAGACCACAUGGGGGAGCUACACUGUAAAUCUCUGAUGCUCAAAGUGCCCAUAGAUGGUGUGGCCCAUUGUUUUCAUGUAACAGACCCUAAAGACAAUAGAUACGAUUAGAGAAGAGACUGAUAUGAAUACAAGCUUUAGUUAUGUUUGUCAUUUUAAUGUAAUUCACACAAUGGCACCACUCUACGUAAGUCUGCAAAAGAAAUGUAAAUUCUUAAUAAUUUGAUGUAUGUGUAAUGUAUGUUAAUUUAUGUUUUUUUGCUGAUCUUUUUGUAUCAUUUAAGCAAAUAAUAAGCAAAACAAUAAAAAUGUGUUAAGGCACCAAAA